ACGAUACGUAACUUUGCCAGACACAAAACCUACUGCGCGGUGCACUAUGCGCCUUACAAUUGUGAAAUAUUUGUUUAGCUGGCUGCAAUUGUACGAUAGAGUGCACACGUAGAACCUGCGUCAUUGAGAUCGGCGAGCUGGCAUUUGAAAAUGCAAAAUGACCGGAGAACCAGCAAGAAGAAAAGGCCUUGCUACAUUUACUCUCUUUGAGAGAAUACAUUUCAUUUCCAUAUUAAAUAACAAUAAGAUGUAACGUGAUUCUUACAGAUAAGACAAUUAUUUAAUAUUUAAAAAUCACAUCUCUCUAACAACCAUUUGUUUAUGUAUAUUAAUUUCUAUUUCAUGAACUUUCUGUUCUUUCAAAGUGAACAGUAUUAUCCAAACAAUACUAACUAGUAAAUAUGAUUUGAUGGUUUUAGGUUGCCCAAGGCUAGGUUUUAUUUCCAGCAAAUGCUAGCCUCAAUGAAAUACACAGGCGGCAGGGGGGGCGUUCCUUCGUAAUUACUAAUUACUCUAUUUAGUUGGGAUGUUGUGCAGCGUUGCGGGAUUAAGCGGUCGAUGCUUCGGACGACGAUCCAGCCGUGGUAGUAGUCCGAUCUGUUGCGUGCCGCGAGAGAACAAGAGGGAACGCGGUGAAUUGGCCUCCCAAUCAUCUCGUUACUCACGAGUCUGCCUGCUCUCGGCUCUCCGUUCCGACAGACAACUCUAAAACCCCGGCUUUCUCGCCUAUCUAUUCCAAUUCUUGCUCAACGGGAGAGACACAUUGACACUCCGCGCGCGUCUACGUCCAAACGACAUCGGGUUACGAGCGAGGAUAAACUGCGGGAAGACGUGCAUUAUUAAUUCGCAAAUAAUGCAAGCGGAUACGCAACGCAAUGUAACGGCGUAACAAGCAGCCAAGCAGCGGUGUAAGAUAACACAGGAUAUAAAGUACUGGCGGUUUUAUAUGCGAUCAAAAGCCACGAGUUUGUAUUGGAUUACAUUACGAAUCAACUUUUGAUGAUUCGCUAGAAGAUGGAAGGACUUUCUUCACUUUUACAUGGAUGUCGUCGACAACGAUCGGAGUUUCUUCGAUGUUGGUUCUUUUGAAGAAAUUGUGUUUGAGACCAAAAAACAUUUCUGCCUUUUUCGCAGUAAGUAUCAAUUUUAUUGAAAUGAGUCUCUUGGAGAUUUCGUGGAUCUUCAUCCUGCUCGUGGCGUUUAAAACAGUGUCCAUCGCUAACUCGUUGACCGGAGAUCACGUGUGCUCAAGAAUAGAGAAUUACACGGUUACGUCGUACGAGACCUAUACCGAGCCGGUCGUGAUCAACUCGUUCACCUGGUGCCUACAAAUUCCCCCAAGAUGUCCCAAGUCGUGGACCGAAUUACGACAACGGUAUCGUGUGAAAACGGAGGAAAAGUCGAAGACUCUGGAGGAAUGCUGCGAGGGAUACAGAAUGACUCACGGCGACGCGGAAACGGAUGCGAGCUGUUUACCAUUUUGCGAAAAAUGUGUGGCAGGUGUGUGCGUCGCGCCGAACGAAUGCCAGUGCGAUCCUGGGUAUCACGGAGAUGAUUGCGCCUAUGAGUGUCCUUUGGGAACCUGGGGAGUACAAUGUACGAAAGUAUGCGACUGCGGGGAAAGUGGUACCUGCGAUCCCGCGAACGGCACCUGCCAAUGUUCUCCAGGACUACGGGGAUCUCGAUGCGAGGAGCGUUGCGCGAUCGGCCAAUGGGGCCUGAGUUGUGCAAACGAAUGCACAUGUCAAAACCGGAAUAAUGACUGCGAUGCCGUAACCGGAAGCUGCAUCGACGGCGGUGACGACGACGGCGACGACGACGACGUCUUUUCGGUCGAGCAAACGUCGCCUGUUUAUUUGCAGAGCUCUACCGUCGACCGUCUACCGCAAACAACGGGGAUUAGUACAGAGCAAACGGAAGUCGUCUCCGUUGUGCCGCAUUGGACUACCGAACGCCAGACGGAAGCUUCCAUCACAGUUGUCAGUGACGAUUGGGAUGACACAAACUACAUUCCGGAAACGACGAGUCCGGCAACAGCUUCGAUUGCAGCCCCACCUCAGGAAGGGGCCUCAAUAAACGAGACACAAACGAAAGAUCUUUCCACUACCGUUCGCCCCGUGAUUGUCUUGGUUUCCGUUCCCGAACGUAGAAGGGACGUUGAGAAAGAUAGGCAAAAGUUCGCGACGAAGGACGCUCUUUUUAGACGCGACCAAAGUGACGAAAGGAGCAACGCGCCAAAUGUCGAUUACGUGAAAACCAUUCACAAAGCCGCGACCGACGACAUCCAGACGUCAGCGCCGAUCCCGUUGGACAUCGCUCUGAUUGUCGUCGCUGCGAUCGUCUCCCUCGGUCUGACCUCGCUCGCGGUGGUUAUGGUCCUUCACAUGCGCACCAAGCUAUUCGAGACCAUUCGCCUCGCCGUCUACGACGACGAGAAGACGACGGGUAAGGGGCAAGAACGCGAGAGCGCGAACGGCGGAAGGACGUCCGCGGUGAUGAACGCCACUCUGCCACCACCCCCGAUCGGCGUGAAUCCGAUAUUCGCUUAUAACAGGGAACCGGAAACGGUACUGACUGUCGAUGGCAUUGAAUCGCUGAACACUUACGCUAACGGCGCUACGAUUGGUCUGCGAAUUUCCGGAAAUUUUCGCGAUCUGUUACAAGACGGCCAUUACGACCGACCAUCGGCAACUCUGAUACGUCUGCAGCCAAACUUGGAUCAUAACACGGAGCACUUGUACGACGAGAUACCCAUGCAGACCACUCCGCUAUCCGAUCGCAAGGAUUUGUGAUGGAGAAACGGUUUCAUUUAUCAUACUCACGGUUCAGUCUAUCCGUAACUUAAAUUACAUAGUUUGAUAAUGCGUCAUUGUCGUAAAAGGACCUUGAAGCAUUUUCAGAACACGAAGCGUGUCCACUUGUCGCGGACAAAACGGUCGAUGAAAAGCCGAUCGCUUGAUGAAAAAUGUGCAAAAACUGGUUUCCGACCUUACGCAGAGCUUACGUUGAAUGCGCGCAAGGUUGAAGAACGUGACUGUAAUUGAGUGGCGGAGAAACAAGUCGACAGUUCGAGCAUUGGUGCUGUCAGUGACCGACACGAGUAGAAUUUAAUCGGCGGAGCGUGUCGGAACCUUCUGAAUAAACCAUUCGUAGUUUCGUUUGACGGGAUGACGUCAAACCGGAGGCGAAUGCACCCCGAUUGCGCGCGAAUGCGCAAUUAGGUGGAAAACGCAGCCCUGUGUAACGAGCGGGGACAGCGUGCCGACUGUAUUAUUACAUAAAUGAUAUUAAACGUUAGUAUAGCCUGCGGGGACGAAGCUACCUGUUUGCAAAUAAAUAGAUGCGAGAAUAAAUUGUUCGGUAUAAAUCUAGCAGCCUCGUUCAAUGCUGACGUAAUUUACCCUGAUAUAAAUUACCAUUGCGCAAAUAAAUCUAUCGUUUAUUUAUUCCAGGUGCGAACGAUCUUUUCGCAUUUAUUUAUCGCCGACAGAACAGCGCCCGUUAAUGUUAAUAAUUAUUAACAUAAAUUCUUUAAUAAUCAGCCCCGUAGUAAUCGCAUGCUCUUCCGCGAAGAAGUAGUAUUGAAGUGAAAACAUAUCCUGCGAUAAUAUACAAUUUCUAAUUACAUCACUAAUGAUGUGCACAUAAGCGAUAAUAUUAACCGAUAAAACAAAAUUCGUUAUCGCGAGAGGAAACGCGCUAAUGACUUUUGUGCCUUGAAACUGAAGCCAAAGAAUCCUAUUUUAUAAAACUCCUAUUUAAAGUGAACGCAAUAUAUGUAUCCUAGAAAAAUAUGCGUCAUUUUUUACUUGUAAACAAUUUAAGUAGUUGUCUGUAAUAAAUUAAAUAAAGUAAAUAAAUAAAUGUGUAAAUAUAA